GUCAUUGUCAUAAUCUACAGUUUGUUUAUCAGUGUCAUAUUCCGGUAUUUUAUUUGUAUACUGGUAUUUGGUUUGCCGUAUUUCAAAUUCCAAUCCCAUCCGUGGAUGCUGGUGGUAUGAGCUUUGUCCCGGAAACGAUACAGGUUGCCGUACGAAUUCGCCCAUUGUCGCAGUCGGAAACCAGAAUGGGCUGCCAAACGAUUGCGGAACAAACCGGCCCCGGCGAGCCGCAAAUUUGUGUCCGCAGUACCGAGCUGUUUACCUUCACUCACGUGUUCGAUCCGACCAGCAGCCAGCGUGAUGUUUAUGGGACAAGUGUCAAAUCUUUGGUGGAUAAGAUACUGGACGGGUUCAAUGUUACGAUUCUGGCUUACGGACAGACGGGUUCCGGCAAAACGUUCACCAUGGGAACCUCUUUCGAAGGAAAGUAUGACGAUCGCAUGGGAAUCAUUCCGCGAGCAAUGGUUGAUUUGUUCGAUCAGAUUCUGGCGAGCAGUGAGUUUCAAUGUGCUGUGAGUUGCUCUUUCGUGGAAUUGUAUCAGGAGAAUGUCUACGAUCUACUGUCGUUUAGGAAUCGAUUCGAGAAACUGGUUGGCAUUCGAGAGGAUGCAAAUGGUGUCAUAAUACCUGGAUUGACUGAAAUUCCAGUGAAAAAUGCUGACGAAACACUGCGCUGGAUGAUACAAGGUGCUAGUGCCAGAGCGGUAGCGCCAACUCCGAUGAACAAGGAAUCAAACCGAAGUCAUACAAUUUUCACUUUGACAGUGAGAAAAAUCAAAAAUAAUCAAAUAACUUCCGUUUCAAAAUUACAUCUGGUAGAUCUGGCGGGCUCGGAACGAUCCAAAAAGACCCAAACCAUUGGAGAUCGGUUUCGUGAGAGCAUCCAGAUUAACAAGGGUCUGUUAGCACUCGGGAACGUGAUAGCAGCCUUGGCAUCAGCAAAAAACACUAAAGGAUACAUUUCAUACAGGGACUCCAAACUGACAAGACUGCUGCAAAAUUCGCUUGGUGGCAACUCCAUCACACUAAUGCUCGCAUGCAUUUCUCCGUCGGACUACAAUGUGGACGAGACAUUGAGUACUCUACGGUACGCGGAUCGGGCACUCAGGAUUCGCAACAAACCCAUCGUCAACUGUGGUGAAGUAAAUAUUCGAGAGGAAAUCGAAAGACUUAAAGCGGAAAAUCAAGAGCUUCGUGUCGUCGUGGAGCAACUGCAGCAAACACCUGUGGCGGCGUCCAAAAGCGAUCGCUCGAUUCAUAAACUUCAGCAGGAAGUUCGGAACAGCAACGCCCAGCUACAAAGUAUAGCCAGGAAAACCACCGAACUUGAAUUUCGAGCCACGCACGCCGAAAGCAUACUAGAAACCAUUCUACAACUGUUACCUCUACAUGAUAGCAGUGAGUUUAAGCAAAAAACUGACGAAGCUUUGACGCGGUAUCGCCAGGAAAAGCCAUGCCUUAAAUUAAUCAUUAUAUGUGAUCACAAUGAGCCCCCACCGUAUAUUGAGAUCCAAAGAAGAAUCAGCCUGUCGAGGUACGAAAUAUUUCCACUUGGGUCUACGACUGUAUGAUGGAUGUUUCGUUUCUCGUUGGAAAUAGAAUGAUCAAUUCCAGAUAGUUUUCGAUAAAUGUUUACCUACCAAUUUCCUCCUAUUCAUUAGAUUUUGUCUUGAAAAACUUACCUUACCUAGCCAUUUAGGAGUUUUGGUACCUCAAAGCGCACAUGACUAAUUGCCACCUCACGGAUCAACAUAAUCCGCUAAGCAGACAUAAAGUAAAGGGUUUUAGUAUUUGUCUUACCGCGAACUUGAGCUUUGGCUAAUUAAAUCGGUUCUGCAAUCUCUAAGAAAAUUGAACGGUAAAAAACGCGUUUUGUCGGUUACGUUACUUAUACCAUUAUAUCUCCAGGAACGGAAGUGACAGCCAUCUGAUCUUCGAACUUGAUCGAUGACUCAAUUGUAGCUUUUAAGGUAGCGCUUAGCCGUGGUCAU